UCUGAUUCCUGCAGCUUGUUUCAAGCAGGACUGACAAUUUUAGACAAACAAAUCGAUAUACCAAGUGCAAAAAGUGUUACUUCGUGAGGCCAAGCCAUCGAGUCCAUAAACGGAAACAGUGAUUAUAUUAUAAACUCUUUAUAAUCAUUCUAUGAGCGUUUAUAUAUCUAGUGAUCAAUUUACAAGUUAACAUAUAUACUAGCACAAACGAACCUCGGUGCGUGCCUAGCAAGGGCUUUCGCUGGUGGUGCAACGAAUAUACAAACAAAACAAACGUAAAACUUAUCAUGAACAACAAAGGAGCUAAUGGAUAUCCCUAUGAUGCUGCUGCUCAGCAAGCUGCAUAUCAGCAAUAUAUGAAUGGACAGAUGCCCGCACAAGCACAACUUCCGCCUUCGUACAACUCGGUGAUGACUAGUAUGGCCCCAACGUACCAGCCAUAUCCUCCCGGUAUGGUGCCACAGCCAUUUUACGGUAACGCCAGUUGGAGUGUGAAUCCAUCCCCGCAAGCACAGUUUGCUCCUCCGCCGCCACCGUACGCGGCCACACCGGGCGCUGUAACGGCCAUCCCGGCGCAGACGGUACAUCAUCAGCCGAUGUACCAGUAUCAGAUUGCUGCCGCUCCUCCGCCGAACCAACCGGCGCAGCUUUAUCAAACACCAGUCUAUCCAGUUCAGGGUGCCAUGUUCGAUGCUGGUGCACGUUUCGGUAAGUCCGGCGGACAGCCGACGAUUCCUCCGCCUCCACCAGGGCUGGCCCCGACCGGCGCACAGCUCGCCAGCAUGCAGGGCCAGCAGGUCGUGCUGGCCAAGAAAAAGAGCAGUUUUCUUGGAGGCGGAGGUGGAGCUGGAUACACUUUCUGGUGAAGCGUCGCUGUUUUGUUGUAGCCUUCCGGACGAGCUAACCCGACGGGUUGGUGGCGUAAUGG